CGACACCUUCUGCGGAACCUCCGCCUCCCCUGUUGCUGCGCCGCAGGCUUCCUCCUCUUCAGGCGGCCGUCAGCCCGUGCGCCCGCCGGCUCCGUAAUGGCAACCCGCAGCCCCAGCGUCGUGAUCAGUGAUGAUGAACCAGGUUAUGACCUAGAUUUAUUCUGUAUACCUCAUCAUUAUGCUGAGGAUUUGGAAAAGGUGUUUAUUCCUCAUGGACUAAUUAUGGACAGGACCGAGCGGCUUGCUCGAGAUGUGAUGAAGGAGAUGGGAGGCCAUGACAUAGUAGCCCUCUGUGUGCUCAAGGGAGGCUAUAAAUUCUUUGCUGACCUGCUGGAUUAUAUCAAAGCACUGAACAGAAAUAGUGAUGGAUCCAUUCCCAUGACUGUAGAUUUCAUCAGACUGAAGAGCUACUGUAAUGACCAGUCAACAGGGGACAUCAAAGUAAUUGGUGGAGAUGACCUCUCAAUUGGAAAGAAUGUCUUGAUUGUUGAGGAUAUAAUUGAUACUGGCAAAACAAUGCAAACCUUGCUUUCCUUGGUCAAGGAGCAUAAUCCAAAGAUGGUCAAGGUCGCAAGUUUGCUGGUGAAGAGGACUUCUCGAAGUGUUGGCUAUAAACCAGACUUUGUUGGAUUUGAAAUUCCAGACAAGUUUGUUGUAGGAUAUGUCCUUGACUAUAAUGAAUACUUCAGGGAUUUGAAUCAUGUUUGUGUCAUUAGUGAAACUGGAAAAGCAAAAUACAAAGCCUAAGAUGAGAGUUCAAGUUGAGUUUGGAAGCAUCUGGAGUCCCAUUGAAAUCAUCAGUAGAAUGUUCUAGUUCUGUGGCCAGCUGCUUAGUAGAGCUUUAUUGCAUGUAUCCUCUCAGAAUUUUAUCCAUUUUGUAUUUUAGAAAUGCCCGUUGCUGCAUUCCUGAAGUCUUUAUUUGCAAUAUGAGCCUAUAGACUAUCUGUUCUCUUGGCAUGGAGUGUUGUUUGACUUG